UCCAUAUCCAAAAAAACAGAAACAAGAAAAGAAAGGAAUUGCGGCCCUCUCUUUAAUUGCUCUUUCCCUACUCCUUUCUCUGCGUUUCCGGGCUUACGCUGCCCGACCGCACCUCUACCUCAUCGCAAUCCUACAACCCUUUGGUUGGUUCGAUCCAUUCUUUUCGAAAUCGUGAGCAGGACGUACGAUGCUCCUCCAUCUCGCUCUUCUCUUUCUUCUCUUUAUUUCAGGAGCUACAUCGCUAGGUAUAAACUAUGGUCAAAUUGGCAACAAUUUACCACCACCCGACAAGGUUCUAGACAUGUUGACAGCCUUAAGAAUCACAAAAGUACGAAUCUACGACACAAAUCCACAGGUUUUAUCAGCGUUUGCCAACUCCAAGGUUGACCUCAUCGUCACAAUCGAAAACCAAAUGCUAGCUGAGCUAACGAAUCCCCAACAAGCCCUCCAAUGGGUCACGGCACGCAUCAAGCCCUACGUCCCCGCAACUCGAAUCACCGAGAUUGCUGUCGGCAACGAGGUGUUUUCAGAGAAUGACAUGACACUAGUGGAGACACUAGUCCCAGCCAUGUUGAGUAUCCACGCAGCAUUAACUCAACUCGGGCUAAGCUUCAUUAAGCUCUCGACGCCGAGCUCCCUAGCCGUGCUAGAAGAAUCAUACCCACCGUCGGCCGGGAGCUUCAAGCCAGAAAUCACCGGAAUCAUGACGCAAUUCUUGGAGUUUCUAUCAAGAACAAAGGCGCCAUUUUGGAUAAACGCAUACCCAUAUUUCGCAUACAAGGACGACCCAAAUGGGAUCCCUUUAGAAUACGUAUUAUUCAACCCAAACCCAGGGAUGGUGGAUCCAUUCACGAGGCUCCAUUAUGACAACAUGCUCUAUGCUCAAGCCGACGCAGUCUAUUUCGCGAUGGCUAAAAUGGGGUUCGAGGGGAUCGAAGUUAGGAUCUCGGAGACUGGAUGGCCUUCCAAAGGGGACCCUAAUGAAAAUGGAGCCACCAUCCAAAACGCCGCCAAUUACAACAGGAACUUGCUUAGAAGACAAAUGGCUAACGAAGGCACGCCCAUGAGACCCAACGUCCGGCUCGAGAUUUACCUCUUCGCUUUGUUUAACGAGAAUUUGAAACCUGGCCCCACUUCUGAACGGAACUAUGGCCUUUAUCAACCCGAUGGCACCAUGGCCUACAAUGUUGGCCUCUCCUCCUUUAAGGGCACUUCCUCCAUUUCUCUCACCUCUUCCGCCCCUACCAAGGGUGGCAUCAUGGGAUAUUAUCAAAGCUUGGUGUACUGGAUGUUUGUGUAUUUGAUGACGUAUCAAGUUUUUAUGAGAAGACGAUUUUAAGCUCUUGUGUAUAAUUGAAUUUAGGGUUUAAUAGUAUUUUCGGGGUUUCGAGAAUUAUUUUAUUUUU